AUGAGCAAAGUAGUUAAGCCACCUGCCAACGCGAGGACCGCUCAUUUCCGCACUCUGGAAAGAGAAAACCGGUUUGUCAACCCGCCAAAAGACAAGUCGGCGUUUCCCCUGUUGGAAGAGGCAGUUCAACCUCACAUUGGCUCCUUUAAUGCAUUAACUGAGGGUCCGGAUGGCGGAUUGCUCAACCAAGCCGUUAAGGACAUUGGUGGCAAAGUCGUUUUUGAUGGAACAAAAUCCGACGAGAACCCAAAUUACUUGGGUAACAAGCUGACGCUGAGUGUGGAGCAGGUUUCGAUCUCUAAGCCCGUUUCCAACGAUGGCGUAUCUUCAGCAGUUGAACGUAAGGUUUUUCCCUCUGAGUCGAGACAGAGGCUCUCCUCUUACAGAGGGAAGCUUCUAUUAAAGUUAAGAUGGGCUAUCAACGAUGGCGAGGAGUCUUUUACGGAAAUUAGAGACUGCGGUGGCUUGCCGGUCAUGCUGCAAUCCAACCGUUGUCAUCUCAACAAGCUAUCUCCUAAUGAGCUCGUCAAGCACAAAGAAGAAAGUGAUGAGCUUGGUGGAUACUUUAUCAUCAACGGUAUCGAAAAGCUUAUCAGAAUGCUGAUUGUGCAGCGUAGGAACCACCCAAUGGCGAUCAUUAGACCUUCUUUUGCAAACAGAGGUGCCUCGUACUCCCAGUAUGGUAUCCAAAUAAGAUCCGUUAGACCCGAUCAGACGUCUCAAACAAACGUCUUGCAUUAUCUGAAUGACGGUGAGGUUACUUUCCGUUUCUCAUGGAGGAAAAAUGAGUAUCUGAUACCUGUUGUCAUGAUAUUGAAAGCCUUGUGUGAGCUAAAUGACAGGGAAAUUUUCGAUGGAAUUGUUGGUUCAGACACCUCGAACUCUUUCUUAACUGAUCGUCUUGAACUGCUACUUCGCGGUCACAAAAAGAAGUAUGGCGAACUUCACAACCGUCGUCAAGUUUUGCAAUAUCUGGGAGACAAAUUUCGUGUCGUGUUGCAAGCCUCGCCAGACGCGACUGAUUUCCAGGUGGGUGAAGAGCUGCUGAAGCGGAUUGUGCUUGUCCAUCUCGGAGAUAGUAAUGAAGACAAAUCCAGAAUGCUGUUGUUCAUGAUCCGAAAACUUUACUCUUUGGUUGCCGGCGAAUGCUCUCCCGAUAAUCCAGAUGCGACACAGCACCAGGAAGUUCUGCUUGGAGGCUUUCUCUACGGUAUGAUCAUCAAGGAAAAAAUAGAAGAAUACCUACAAAACAUUAAGCUGCAAAUUCAAUCAGAUGUUAAUCGUGGUUUGGCAGUCAACUUCAAAGAACGGAAGUAUAUGACGAGGGUUCUGAUGAGAGUGAAUGAGAACAUUGGUUCGAAGCUUCAAUAUUUCUUAUCCACAGGUAAUCUGGUGUCUCAGUCGGGGCUUGACUUGCAACAAGUUUCUGGUUACACUGUCGUUGCUGAGAAGAUUAACUUUUAUCGUUUCAUCUCUCAUUUCAGAAUGGUUCACAGAGGUUCAUUCUUUGCUCAACUUAAAACCACUACUGUCAGAAAGCUGCUUCCAGAGUCUUGGGGUUUCUUGUGUCCAGUUCAUACACCAGAUGGCUCUCCGUGUGGUCUUUUAAACCAUUUUGCUCACAAAUGUAAAAUCUCCACUUCCCAGUCUGAUGUUUCUCGCAUCCCAUCUUUACUUUAUUCUCUAGGUGUGGCGCCUGCCUCCCACACCUUCACUGCAGGCCCAACCAUGUGUUGCGUGCAGUUAGAUGGUAAAAUUGUUGGUUGGUGUUCUCACGAACAGGGUAAAAUCAUUGCUGAUACCUUGAGAUUCUGGAAGGUUGAGGGAGAAACGCCAGGGUUGCCUCUUGAUUUGGAGAUAGGGUACGUCCCACCAUCCUCUCGUGGUCAAUACCCAGGGCUGUACCUCUUUGGCGGCCACUCUAGAAUGAUGCGUCCAGUGAAGUACCUACCAUUAGGUAAAGAAGACAUCGUGGGUCCUUUUGAACAGGUGUACAUGAAUAUUGCAGUCACUCCAAAGGAAAUUCAGAAUAACACUCAUACUCAUGUUGAGUUUACACCUACCAACAUUUUGUCGAUCUUGGCAAACUUAACCCCCUUCUCAGAUUUCAAUCAAUCUCCAAGAAACAUGUAUCAGUGCCAGAUGGGUAAACAAACCAUGGGCACUCCGGGUGUUGCUCUAUGUCACCGCUCCGACAACAAGUUGUACAGACUUCAGACAGGUCAAACCCCAAUUGUCAAAGCGAACUUGUAUGAUGAGUACGGAAUGGAUAACUUUCCUAAUGGGUUCAAUGCUGUGGUUGCGGUCAUUUCAUACACAGGAUAUGAUAUGGACGACGCAAUGAUUAUUAACAAGUCGGCAGACGAAAGGGGGCUCGGUUAUGGUACGAUGUACAAAGUGGAAAAGGUAGAUUUGGCAUUAAACAGAAGCCGUGGUGAUCCAAUUACGCAACACUUCGGUUUCGGUGACGACGAGUGGCCAAAGAACUGGCUAGAUAAAUUAGACGACGACGGCCUUCCAAUGAUCGGUACUUAUGUCGAGGAAGGGGACCCGAUUUGUGCGUUUUUUGACGAUACGCUCAACAAAACCAAGAUCAAAACCUACCACUCCUCUGAGCCAGCAUACAUUGAAGAGGUGAACUUGAUUGGUGAUGAGUCCAGUAAAUUCCAAGAGCUUCAAACGGUGUCCAUCAAAUACCGUAUCAGAAGAACACCUCAAAUUGGUGACAAAUUCUCUUCUAGACAUGGCCAGAAGGGUGUGUGUUCUAGAAAAUGGCCCACUGUUGAUAUGCCUUUUAGUGAAAGUGGUAUGCAACCAGACAUCAUCAUCAACCCCCACGCUUUCCCUUCUCGUAUGACCAUCGGUAUGUUUGUUGAAUCGCUGGCAGGCAAGGCAGGCGCUUUGCAUGGUAUGGCCCAUGAUGCUACCCCAUGGACAUUCACCGAAGAGGACACCCCUGCGGACUGCUUUGGUGAGCAGCUAUUGCAAGCAGGAUACAACUACCACGGUAAUGAGCCUAUGUACUCUGGCGCUACUGGUCAAGAGCUUAGAGCUGACAUUUACAUCGGCGUUGUGUACUACCAGAGACUGCGUCACAUGGUGAACGAUAAGUUCCAAGUCCGUUCUACUGGUCCCGUCAACAGUCUGACCAUGCAACCUGUUAAAGGUAGAAAGAGACACGGAGGUAUCCGUGUUGGUGAAAUGGAAAGAGAUGCAUUAAUCGGUCACGGUACUUCGUUCCUGCUUCAGGAUCGUCUGCUAAACUGCUCUGAUUAUACACAGACCGCUGUGUGCCGGGAGUGUGGUUCCCUGCUAACCACCCACUACAGUGUCCCAAGAAUCGGGUCAUUGGCUACUGUGCGCUGUCGUCGUUGCGCCGUGAAGUUUGAAGACGCGAAGAGAGUCGUCUCCAAAUACCAGGGCGAUGAGCAGAUAUUUAUCGAUGACUCUCACAUCUGGGAAGACGGUCAAGGCAAUAAGUUCGUGGGCGGCGGGCAGACUACUACUGUUGCUAUUCCAUUCGUUCUGAAAUACCUUGACUCUGAGCUAGCUGCAAUGGGUAUCAAAUUACGCUACAACGUUGAACCAAAAUAG